AAAACAUACAAAUUUAUUCAUAUUCAUGUCCAAUUAAACAAAAACUUGGGUUGAUUAGGUUUCAGAUACUAUUUCUGAUGUUACUGGAUCUAUUAGAACUAAUGUCUAAUAACCAAUUUGUGAUGUUGUAAAUCAGAUUCCUUUUUAAGAAUGGAAGCAAACUUAUUACUUACCUUUAAGCAAAGAAUAUGAUUAAUGGCCAUCACGUUUUACUUAAUUCAAAUAUAAUCAAAUUUUAAUUCUAGGAAAUGAAAAUUAAAGACUCAUUUCUCUUGGAUUAAGUACAUUAGCUGUAGUAUCCAUUACAAAGAAAUGUAUUCGUUGUGUAAUAUAUAUUUUAGUUACCUCAGGGAUAUUUCCUUUAAUAAGAAAUUCAGUAAUGACCUAUUUUGGCUUAGGAUUAGUAAUAGCCCCAGAAGUUUAUAAUCCUUUGCUAGUCAAGAAAAAUCAUAAUAAAUGAAAU